AUGGAUGGAGAAAGCAAAUCGAAAUGGAAAGCCCAGGAGGACUUUACCCAAAGGGAUAAGAAGGGACAGGAGAAAGAGUUUAGUAAAGUUCAGAAUAGAUCAAUAGGAAUAGAAGGGGCAGGAGAGAGAUUUAGUGAUGCUCAGAAUAGAUCAAGAGGAAUAGAAGGAGCAGGACACAGAUGGUGUAAAGGUGAGAAUAAAUCAAUAGGAAUAGAAGGGGCAGGAGUUAGAUCGAGUGAAGCUCAGAAUAGUUCAAUAAGAAUAGAAGGAGCAGGAGAGAAAUGGUGUAAAGCUCAGAAUAUAUCAAUAAGAAUAGACGAGCAAGACGGGCCCUCUCGUUGA